AUGUACUCCCAAAAUUACACAGUUCUCAGCUUGACAUGCACUCUGGAACUGGAUUCAAUGGACAAACACCGGAAUUUCUGCCUGACAUUCCUCCUUGUGCUGUUGAUCCGCACACAACUGGGACACGCCUGCAGGACAUCCGAGUUCUCAUGCCGCGGACCCAACGGACUCUGUCUGCCACUGGACAAAUACUGCGAUGGCAAGGACGAUUGUGGCGACGGCAGUGACGAGCCGAAGUUCUGCACUGAAAUUUGUACGAAAUCUGGUUGCAUUCGUGGAGUUUUUGUCAGUGAAACGACAAAAUCUUACGAGGCUUUCUAUGGCAUUCCUUAUGCUGAACCGCCAGUUGGAAAACUAAGAUUUGAAAAUCCCGUGUCGCAUCGCGGCUGGUCAGGAUUCUGGGAUGCUUCCUAUCCAAGGGAAGUUUGCAUACAAAAGAAUUACUUCCUGGCAAAAGAGCCGAUCGUAGGCUCUGAAGAUUGUCUCUAUCUUAACAUAUAUCGACCAGCGAGCGAUAGUGAGAAAAAUCUGCCGGUUUUGGUGUUCAUUCACGGUGAUGGAUUUCUCGCCUUCUCAUCCGAUCCUGGCUUCCUUGGUCCGGAUUACUUCAUGGCUAAUGGACAAGUGAUUCUCGUGACUCUGAACUACAGACUUGGCAUGUUCGGCUUCCUUUGUUCAGGAGACGCGGCUGUUCAGGGAAAUUUCGGCUUCAAGGAUCAGCAACUGGCAUUGGAGUGGAUAACACUGAAUAUCGCAUAUUUUGGUGGUGAUGUCAAUGCCAUAACCCUCGCUGGACACGGUGCUGGAGCGGCUUCAGCCAAUUUGCAUAUGUUAAACCCAAAAUCUCAAGAACUCUUCCAUCAAACAUUCCUUUUGAGCGGCGUUGCUUUAGCUUCUUGUCUUUUGCCUGUCGAUUGUGCUCAGCAAUUUCGCCAGUGUGCAAAAUACAGUGGAAUUAAAGAUUGGAACACUGCCUCCAUAGACAAUCUGGCUGAGCAAUUGAAGAAAAUUGAUGACUUGAGACUCAUCUUGGCUGCGGAUGAACUUUUCGUCUUCCCAGGAAUUCCGAUCACAACUUUUCGACCAGCCCUCGAAGGAGACUGGCAAGGCGCUUUUAUUACAGAGGAUCCUCGUCAAGUCUGGACUGAAGGAAGAUUUCCACACAAACCCAUGUUAUUUUCCUUCACAUCUCACGAGGGAAUAGCUGAAGCUAGAUUCUUCAUGAACGACACCGUAUUGAAGGCAUACAAUCGGAACAUCCUCACAUUGCUUCCACAGCAACUAGAUUUUGAUCCAAGAUAUGUAACUGACGUCAUUGACUUCUAUCUGGAUGACAAAUAUUACGUAGACAAUUCGAAUAUGGCAAGAUAUUACGAUAUGUUCUCGGAUAGACUAUUUCGCUAUCCAAUCUUCACAAUGAUCAAACAAUAUCUUAACUAUGUAGAUGUGCAGAAAAACCCUGUUUAUAUCUAUGAAUUUGAAUUUGAGUUUCUCACUGGCGAAGACAUCAAUUUGGGCGUGAGUCACUUUGAUGACCUGAUGUAUCUCUUCAGCAUGCCAUCAUUCUUUCCACCAUUUGCUGGCGAUUCCCCCGAGAGCAGAAUGAGUGAAGUGCUCAUAAGGACAGUAGUGAAUUUUGUUGCGAAUAAGGAGAUAAAAGUGUGGCGCACCUUCAAGCCCUGUUCUAUUCUCACAUCCACACCUUUCUGUGAGCGACAGUGUUUCAAGAGAUACAGUCAAUUGGAUCCUAAUCAAGUGGUUGUCUCGGUGUCUAAUAAAAUUGAUGUGGAAAUGGUAAAACUGUGGACUUAUAUUGACAAUAUGGGAUCGAAUCCAUAA